GUAUGCGCGUUCAUGGGAGCCUGAAGCGAUCCAAACCUUUUACUAGCGUUAUCGAUAUCUUGAGUUAAUGAAUUGCAUGCGACAAACGUAUUUCUAAUGCUUAAAAGCACACAACGCGAGGUAUCUGCACUGACCGCAUAUUUAAUAUACUUCAAAACUGUUGUCUUUGUGACGGAGCUACUCCGCUGCUUCAGAUGUCCCCUGGAUGCGAGUUGAAUGAAGACAUGUACAAAUUCCUGUUGAUAGCCAACUGCGAACAGCGACUGCGUUACGCUUACUACUUUUACCCGAUCGACAAAGCGAAAAGGCCUUCGUUGGAAGCCGCACUGAUCCAGAAAUGUAUUUCCAGAAAUCAAAACAGCUGCUCAUUUUUCCUGCACGGUGGCUUCAACAUUGUGUACCGCAAAACAGGACAGCUCAUUUUCGUCAUUGGAACAGACGACGAUGAGAACAACCUCGCCGUGUACGAGUUUGUGCGCGCUUUUGUUCAAGUCCUGGACGCCUACUUCUCAGGAGUGGUAAGUAGCACAAUGCACGUAACUGAUGCAUAUUUCUAAUCUAUUCUUUCUGUUUGAUUUCAGACUGAAAAGAAGAUUGUUGCAGAGUUCUACAAGCUCCACCUCAUCCUGCAGCACAUGGUCAGCAACGGAAGUGUGUCGGAGACCAACGUACAAAACGUCCUGGAACGGUUGAAAGCUUUCGACAGUGCCUGAGUGUGCCUACAGUUUAGUAUAUCUUCGUGGUAGGGAAAGAACCAUUUGAGAUACAAAAAAAAAACAAAGCACGCUUUUAGUAUCUUCAGAAGCGUUAGCUCAAACAGGAGCAGACGUAUUCUUGCAAAGUCGUCUGCUUUGUGACCGGCCCUGUCCGUGCACUCCAGCACAUCCUUUGAGCCAAAACACUUAAUUGUGGAGUUUCAGUGUGCUGCACACUUUAAACAUGUGCAGGGAGGUUCACAGCCAGAUGUCGAGAUACGCACAAACUGAAGAUCAUACAUACUUUUGCCAUACCUCCAUUGCAAGCUACUUUAUGUUGUUUCAAAAAAUUUCCGUGCAUCGUCAGCUGGAUUUGUGCAGCUGUCUGUCGAGCUGAUUUCGCCCGAAACAUUUGCUUUCUUCUUUUUUUUUUUCCUGUACGAAUCACAGAAAUGAACAUACGAAUUAAAUAUGCCUUGCCAACUUU